CUUGGCGUUCCUGAGGGUGGGGUGGGGGCAAGUGUCAGUCAGGUCGGAGCGGCGGGGUACAGCCGAGACCGAGGAACAGACCGGGCGUCCUGGCCGCUGCUGUGUGGUCUGCCCAAGAUGGAGUUCCUCCUGGGGAACCCGUUUAGCACGCCUGUGGGGCAGUGUCUCGAAAAGGCAACAGAUGGCUCCUUGCAGAGUGAAGACUGGACACUGAACAUGGAGAUCUGCGACAUCAUCAAUGAGACAGAGGAAGGGCCAAAGGAUGCCAUUCGAGCCCUGAAGAAGCGGCUCAGCGGGAACCGAAACUACAGGGAAGUGAUGCUGGCACUGACGGUGCUGGAAACGUGUGUAAAGAACUGUGGUCACCGCUUCCACAUCCUUGUGGCCAACCGAGACUUCAUUGACAAUGUUCUAGUCAAAAUCAUCUCUCCCAAGAAUAACCCUCCCACCAUUGUGCAGGACAAAGUACUUGCUCUGAUCCAGGCAUGGGCAGAUGCCUUUCGGAGCAGUCCUGACCUCACUGGUGUGGUGCACAUAUAUGAGGAACUGAAGAGGAAGGGGGUUGAAUUUCCCAUGGCAGACUUGGACGCUCUGUCUCCCAUCCACACUCCCCAGCGGAGUGUCCCAGAAGUGGAUCCAGCCACAACCAUGCCCAGGUCCCAGUCCCAACAGAGGACAACUUCUGGCUCCUAUUCUUCACCUCCUCCUGCUAACUACUCUACUUCUCAAGCCCCAGCUCUGAAUGUGACUGGCCCUAUUACAGCCAACUCAGAACAGAUUGCCAGGCUGCGGAGCGAGCUGGAUGUGGUUCGGGGAAAUACAAAAGUCAUGUCUGAGAUGUUAACAGAGAUGGUUCCUGGGCAGGAGGAUUCAUCUGAUCUGGAACUGCUGCAGGAGCUGAACAGGACCUGUCGGGCCAUGCAGCACCGCAUUGUGGAGCUCAUCUCCCGUGUGUCCAAUGAGGAGGUCACCGAGGAGCUGUUGCACGUCAAUGACGACCUCAACAAUGUCUUCCUCCGCUAUGAGAGGUUCGAACGAUACAGGUCAGGCCGGUCAGCUCAGAACACCAGCAAUGGAGUGCUUAACGAAGUGACUGAAGACAAUUUAAUAGACCUGGGCCCUGGCUCUCCUGCCGUGGUGAGCCCAAUGGUGGGGAGCACAGCGCCCCCGUCUUCCCUCUCCUCCCAGCUGGCAGGCCUGGACUUGGGGACCGAGAGUGUCAGCGGCACCCUCAGUUCACUCCAGCAGUGCAGCCCUCGAGAUGGCUUUGACAUGUUUGCCCAGACCAGAGGGAACUCCUUAGCUGAGCAGCGCAAGACGGUCACCUAUGAGGAUCCCCAGACUGUUGGAGGACUUGCUUCUGCACUAGAUAGUCGGAAACAGAGCUCAGAAGUGAUCCCCGUUGCACAGCCCUCUGUCAUGGACGACAUUGAGGUGUGGCUCAGGACGGACCUGAAGGGCGAUGACCUGGAAGAGGGCGUCACAAGUGAAGAGUUUGAUAAGUUCCUGGAAGAAAGAGCCAAGGCUGCUGAAAUGGUUCCUGACCUCCCGUCUCCCCCUGUGGAGGUUCCCGCCCCGGCUUCCAACCCUCCUGGCCGGAAGAAGCCCGAGCGGUCAGAGGACGCCCUCUUUGCCCUGUGAGCUGCUUUGUGGUCUUCUCCAUAGAUAGCAGGUCACUGCUUGCUCCCCAUGGACACUGGGCACUGGCCACUCUCCCUGCCCCUCACCCUUGGCCUGUGCACCUGUAUCUCCAUGGAAACACCUGUGUCUGUUCCCCUAGUCAGGACCAGCUUUUGCCACCUUCCUUCUCCGGGUGGUGAGACAGCCACAUUGCAGCCAGAGGCCCUGUCCUUCCCUUCCCCCAGGCUCCUGACUCGGUCCUCCAGGAAGGGCAGUCGCCCAGCCCCUCAACACUGCUCCUGAGCAGACCACCUGAACUGUCUUGUCCAUCACUCCACCCACAGAAAAGAAGGUCAGGCCUUGGCUUGCUACCUGUGCCCACAAUAUGUGCCACCUCAGCCUGGCUCAGUGGAUCCCCUUAGGCCUGCUGCCCUCUGUAUCUCUCUGCCAGGAAUGGUUUUGUGUCUCUGCCUCUGGAGGAGCAGGGAUCAGUCUGUUCCUCGGACCUUGUCACCUCAUGGUACCUGUUGUGUUGGCACUUUAGAGGGCUCUGUGGGGUGCCCAUAUAGGGUUCUCUUGUGUUCUGGAUCCUCUAUCCAUUAGUCAGCUGCUCACUGCGACCUCCCACCCUAGGUGGCUCAGCAGCCAGGCCCAACUGAGGGGCCACAGAGGACCCGCAGCUCCUGGCGUGGGGAGAGUGCAGUGAAGCUCCAUAAACUCAGCUGCAGCCUGCGCACUAUGGCCAGCUACCCAUGACCCUGCUGGGACGGGGGGCUGUGCAGAGGGCUGCUCUGCUGGUUUGAGAAAGAGAUGUGAGCUGGCCCUGCCUUCAGUGACCUCCACUCACCACUUCCAGGCCCAGCAACAGACAGCCCUGCACCACACCAGGAGGCUCCAAAGGACUAAGUGGCCAGAGUGACACACCGAGGCCCCUGCACCUCUCCCUGGCCAGAGCCUCAGACCUUCCAUGGGCAGCGUGACCUAACAGCUCACAUGACCCCAGCCACCAGUUUGCAGACUCUGAAGGCCCAAGCCCAAGGCUAGCAGAUGUGGGUUGGUGACACCUGCUUUUGUCCUGUGUCUUCAUUGGUGUGUCUCCUAGCCCUGGGCAAGGGACUCACUGCACUACCCCAGCCCUGGUCUAGCUAACCCUUCUUGCCCCAAGCUGCCAUCACUCAGGUCAGGAACGAGCUCCUGCACCACGCUGUUGAGCCUCUACCUUUCCAGUACACGUUGCCCAGGUCACCACAGUUUUCCCACCCAUGGUGUGGAACAGCCUAGCACUGUGACUGUCAUCAUCAGAGCACCAGUGCUGCAGGGAAAUGACUAGUGACGACCUGGGAAGUACUUAGGACCAGGACUACAGUGCGAUCUGUGGUGAGCUACCCCAGGACUCCACGCCCCACCUAGUACUCUCCAGAAAGGACUGUGGUCUGGUUGGGGCCAUCUGCAAGACAGCAGGUUUGACACACUCUUUCCACAGAACACCGGGGAAGCACCACUCAGUUUGCUGCCUGCUUCCUGCCCUGCCCUGCCUUCUCCACUCCCUAUCCCUUGGGCAGCUUGUGCCCUUCUUACCAAGUAGGGAGGGCAGGAACCCUGAGGCAGCUAGCUGCAGAGAAGUGACGAGGAUGGCCCAGGUGUGCCCCGGGAUCCCAGCCCUCUGCUGUCCGCCGGCGUUGGGCCCAUAGGUGAUGGCAGCCAGGUCUAGCAUCCACUGAGGAAAAAGGCAACCUCCCUGCCUUGUGGAUGGCACAGAGCAAGAGGGGCACCUGCAGUGAGCAAGGCCGAGAUAGGUACGCUCCCGAGAGUCUCCAGCAAAGCUGUUCUUAAAACCCACGGCGAGUGCCCCAGCCCCAGCGUUUGGUAGGCCCAACUUGGAAUGACUUGGCUGCACUGUGGGCAGCAGGUAGUGGAGGACUCCUAUGGGCCGAGGUGACACAGGUGUGAGGCGUGAGCCAGAAACUAGUGUGGAGAUGUUAUCCUGGGCUUCAGUUCCUGCCUGCCUGCCUGCCUGCGAUCUGGGCCACAAUCCUCAGGCCACUUGCCUAGGGAAGGAGCAGAGCUCCGGUGGGGAAGCUGGAUGUCACAAACCACCAGCCUCCAUAAGUGUUAGAAAUCACAGAUACAGUAUAUACUUAAUAACACUAAAUUAUUGCUGGGACUCUUCAUAAGCACUAAUUAUACCAGAUUAUAAGUUAAAAUAUUUAUUUUAUCAAAAUAUUUUCUUGGGAAUGUUUAACUUUUUCUGUUUGUAUGUGCUGAGAAGUGAAGGCUCACCAAUUCUUCUCGCCCACUUUCUUGGCUAGCCAGCAACAGCUAACUACACCAUGUACAUUCCGCUGUGACACCCAGCAACGGCCUGACGCUGGGCUGGGAGUGACCAGCCUCCUUCUAGGUGUGCAUGGGUCAAGGGGUUUUGGAGCCAAAAGGGCGUGCAGCUGGCUUGGGCUAGAGGGAAAGGUGACUGUCCAUCUGUCCUCCUGUGUUUGUGUUAGCCUCUCAUUGUGAAUGACUGUGCCUUGGCUCCCUGCCCUUCUCCCCACCCAGUGGUCUCAGGCCUGUGCUGUCACGCUGAGGAAUGGUGUCUAGGAAGGGCCAAUGGCAGCAAGGCUCCAGCUCCUCCUCCUCUCUUUCCCAUCCUAUCCCUUCCCAGCCUAGCCUCCUGGACGGUGUAGGCUACACUGUGGACCAGGCCAGCCCUCACUUGGGAAGAGCAUAUGGACUACUACUAGCCUGGCCACUACCCGGUUGGCCUGUGUCCCUCUCUGUGAUCUUCUGUUGGGACAUCUUGGCUUUUCUGUCACGUUCAACCACACGGUACAGCGUGUCUCCCCCACCCACAGAGGAAUCUGUUUCCACCCCAGAGAUGCUUCGUGUCAGGCCCACAGGAUCUACAUUUCCCAGUGCUCAUCUCCAGCCCUUCCUGGCCAUGGAGGCCCAGACCAGGCUUCCCCUGUAGCCACUAGCCGUGGGGGCAGCUGUCAACCACGAAUUAUGACUGCUGCUGUCAUAGUGUCCCAAGCCAACCUCCAGGCACUCCUGGAGAGUAAGCUAUGGAUAUUUUAUUUUCUAAAGGUUGCACUUAAUUUGUGAGGGUUCUCAGGAUCAUUGGGAGCUACUGAAGAGGAAUGUGUUGAGUUCGUUAUUCCCUUGUCCCACAAGUCCAGUGUUAUUGUCACUGUCAUGUGUUUUUUGUGGGCAGAGCUGGUUCUGGAGGGUGGGUCAGUGUUUAUUUGGCUCAGAGUGACCCUGGAGCGUCUCCUCACCCCACUGGCUCUCCCAAAUGCUGGCUCUCUAGUUUGGGUUCUUGCAUGUAACGUAUUCCAUAAUAAAUGAAUAAUUGAACAAA